UUCAUUCCAAGUAAUUGUAUGAUUUAAUCUCAAGAAACUGUAAUAUUUUGGAUAAGUUUUUGUCUGGUGAGAGGUGCUCCAGCUAAUAAAAUCUUAAAUUUUUGUCUUCUUAUCUGUCAUUUAGUUUCAACUAAUGCUGAUCUAGGUCUAAAAUAGAUGAUUUUCAGCAAGUUAAAUUUAACAUGGGUGGGUACACAUGGUAAAUAGACUGCAUGCUCUGUAUGAUGGUACAAAGGGAUGGAUUUCCAAUGAGAACAGAUUACAUUUACGUAUAUAUGUGAAAUAAUGAAUUGUGACCUAUACCCACAUAACGCUUGUACAUUGUUGUCAUUGCCUAAUAAAUUUUAUGCAGUUAAUUGUUUUGGCUUUGAUGCUAUUUUCUAAUUUUUGAUAAUCAAUAAGUCUCAGUUCAACUUGGAUCAGCACAAAUUUAAUAAUUAUCAUGAAGAUUAAGAUGAAGGAGUGCCGUGUUGUGAUGCACAAGCUUUCUGAUGCUGCUGUCAAGAGGGGCUGGCAUGCUGAGCUGAACCUCAUCCAAACACCUGAGGUGUGCCGAGUCGAGUCUGAUGCUGUCAAGGCCAGUGGCUCAUUUAUACUCCCAGAGAAAGUGGGAGGUAACAUCAAGGCAGAGCAUGAAUAUGAAGAAAAGGAUAUAACCGUAAAGAAGGAGCCUAAAUAUGCGGGAGACGAGAUAACUGUGAAGGAGGAACCUGCGCAUGAGCCUGAAUAUGAAGAAAUGGAUAUAUCUGUGAAGGAGGAGCUAGAAUAUGAGGGAGAAGACGUAACUGUGAAGGAGGAACCAAUUGGCAUCGAUAUUGAGGCUUGUUCAUGUAAGCCUCCCAGUCAUGGAUUUGGAGGCCAGCACGCGCCGUGUCCAUCGUCCCGCGAGGCUAGCAAGAUGGAAGCGCAAGUCGAGGCUUCUGAUGCACAAGCAGCCCGCCAACUCCUCUCGCUCGCCCCUGCCGUGCCUGAUAUACUGACUAAACUUGCUUUUGCUCGAUCUUCCGUCAUGAAGAACACGAACCGUCCACAGUCGUCAGACAUUGAAGAUGAUGAGCAGCAGCAGCGGCAGCAGCAGCAGCAGCCGGACGAUGACGGAAAGCCAUUCAGUCAAACUGCUUCUGCUGUGGCUAGCCGCCGCAAACGAUUAAUAAGAAAGAAAAUAUAUGAGAAAUCAACUCCAAAUGAUCGGCCUCACAAGAAGAGAAAGAUUGAUGAAAAUCAACUUGAAGACCCUGAAAUGACCAAAGAAGAGAAGGGAAUCAUUAUAGGAGGUGUGGACAUCUUUAAAAACAUAAGUUAUCGUGAGCAGAAGUACGGCGUACUUGAUGAUGGGCCCCCCCGAGGUGAAAAACCCUUCCUCUCACACACCAUUGAAGAUGACCUUGUAUAUCUACUAAGAGACCCUUCUGGACUUCUUUACAAGAUAGAACUAUAUAUGGUGAAAGCACAAGCGCGGAAGAUAAUCAUAGAUGCCUUCACCGCACGUGAUAGCAAGCAGAAGAGAACGAAGUCUGGAACUUCGUCCAAAGAGCCUUCACAAGAGCCGGAUCAAGAGCAGUCCAAAGAGCAGUCCAAAGAGCCGUCCCAAGAGCCGUCCCAAGACUCAUCCCUCCCUGGCAAGGAGGAUGGUGAUGAAGAGAUGAGCGAGGACGCGAACCCCAUUGGAUGUGCCAAACCCUAUUCAAGGACACGGGGCAAGAAGAAGAAAGACGGCUGCAGUUGGGCGUGCAUGAUUCCCGUCUGUGAGGGCAUGUGUCUUAAAAAACACAUGAUGAGGCACUAUAAGAAGGCCCAUGGCUUCUCAGAAGAAGCCUCCUUCGGCAUGAAUAGGCUGCACCGACGAGUAGACAACAUCCACAAGAUGAAAGAAACAGCUCCCACACUAAAUGUGCGCCAAAUCGCCAGGAGAGUGGAGGCAAUUACGUCUGAACUUAUCAACAUCUCUGCCAUCUUGCCGGCAAUUUCCUCAGCUGACAUGCUAACCCUAUCUCUGCCCAUAAAUGUACUCAUGGUACUUUUAGACGGUAUGGGUAAGGGUAAAGCAGUUGCAGAUCAGUUCUCACAUCUUAGAGGCGUGGAAAAACCUAGCUCAGGGGCGGCGGCGAACAGCAGCAGCAUUAUCAUACCUAAAGAAAAUGAAGAGGAAGCUCGAUCUGGAAGUGUGUGCCUCGAUGUGGGAUUGUGGAGAGGACACAAAGUGCCUUACAAAAUACCAGAAGGAAGGAACUAUGGAUACCUUCAAAAGGGAGAGUUUCCAUGGUUGCGAUAUGUGGUCCCGUGCCCAUAUUGCUUGGCUGGCUGUUCCAAUGCGACACUUGGUCUUCACAUAAAGAGGAGACAUGAAGAGUACUCAAGUCCGGCGGAGAUGUCCAAAGCACUCCAGUCAGUACUCCCUGUCAAAAGACUGGUAAAACUUAUUGGUGUUCCUGGUGAGGGAGAAGCCAUUAGGAAGUACGUUCCACAUGACAUUAUGGAAUCCAUCAAGCAAGCAUUUCGAGAAAACAGUCUUUAGAGUCGGAAACAUCUUACAGGAAACAUCUUACAGUUGAAGACAUCUUACAUCUUACAGAGACCUGGUGGGAGGCCACCUGCAGAAAGCAACAUUAAAGAAGUAUAUGGGUUCGGUUAUGAAGUUUGCAAAUUACGUCAACAAUCUGCCUCUUGACCUCGAAAUUCUGGGUAACUUCUCAUUGCCCUCCCUCAAAGGGAUAUAUGAUAGACAUUGCUUAACCAUAAGCGGAAAAACUGGUGCAUGAAUUAAUGUUCGGCCGACGACUACAACCAGAAGCGGAAAAACUGGUGCAGGCCACUUGCUCCAGUCAAGGAGACUCCAGUCCAUCAACAAGCGUCAAGGAAACUCCUCGUCACCCUCGUCACUCGACAUAUCGGUUGCUAACCAUUCAUAUGAGUCCUCAUUAUCAUCGGUCAUGGAAGUGACAGAUGCUGUAUCAUCAGAACCUGUCCUGGAGAAUCGUCAAGAAGAAUCAUCCUCUUCACUUGAUACAUUUUUUGAUAAACCUUCCGAGAAGUCGGCAUCGUCCAUUGACGUUACUGUUGACGAGGGUCGUAUGGCUGCUGAAGUGCAGGACAAUAACAGUUCCGAAGCUGCCCGGGGUCCUGAUUCACCAUCAGUGUUGUCAGCGCUGCCUUGCCCAGCUUGGCAGAUAUCUGAAGCCCGCAAUAUGUUGAAUAAGUGGAUUGAUAGCGUAAAUAAAGAAUUAUGCAGCUUUAACGAACAUGAUAAAUACUACCACUUUAAUACCAAUAUCGUUGCCCUCCUUUUCCCAUUCAUUGUAAAUAUGUUUCGUGGAGAUUUGGAAAAGAGUGCUAAUGUUAAAACUAUAUUGUUAAGAAUCGGGGUCCUGGUUCACCAUCAUGGAUGUCAGCGCCGCUGCCUUGCCCAGCUUGGCAGAUAUCUGAAGCCCACAAUAUGUUGUAUAAGUGGAUUGAUAGCGUAAAUAAAGAAUUAUGCAGCCAUAGCGAGCUCCGAAACGGACAUGAUGAUACCAAUAUCGUUGCCCUCUUUUUGCCAUUCAUUGUAAAUAUGUGUAGUGGAGAUUUGGAAAAGUGUUAAUGUUGUAAACUAUAUUAUUAAGACGCAAGAGUUUACUUUUGAGAAGCACGACUGACCAGUUCGGUCUAGUUCCCACCUAAGUUCGGCUCGGGGGGGGGGCACAAAUAGCAAUUUUAAAUUAAAAACUUUUGCCCAGUUUGAUCCACGGUACCAAUUCGGUACGGUUAGGUUUGACCAGUUGGUCUCAGUCCCACUUCAGUUCAGUCCUCUUGUAAUUUGUGGAAUCAUUUGUGCAACAGAAUUGUUUUGUUUUGAAUAAAACUGGUUUGAG